CUGGCGUGCAUCGAGAGUUGCUGAGCUUGGACCUCUUGACCUGCUGACCACUGUGCCAAUCACCAGCCGUAGCCCUACCUUGCAACCCAUCCUAUCCAAGCUAGCUUAGGAUAAACGUCAUAAGGACACAAUCAAGCGCCCGUCGUAUUCCACAUUUAGUGCUUGGCUAGAAAUAUAUAAUAUUGUUUUGUAUACUGUAGAUACAAUCAUUCCCCGCAGGUUGAUUGGUGGCGCUGGGGCAUCGGUGAAUAGGAAUUGUCGGAUCCUAGUUCUGGGAUAAGUUAAACAAGCUACGCUACUGUUAAGUUACUCUAAAACGGAUCGUGACGUAGAUGAUAUGUGCCUAAUGUGCAGCUCGGUUGGCCAUGGGGGAGGUGUUUUUGAUGAAGAUACCUGGAAAGGACUGGCUAGAACAUUAGAUAGGAAUUCCAACUGGGCUGAUGCAAGUCGCCGCUCACCGAAGAACAAAUGGACUGGUGAAGAGGUACUAGAGUUCCCCCCACAGAGUCAUCUUGGGGGUUUAUCCCAGCCUUGGAUUCGAAGAACUCUCUAUAAAAAUCCGAGGCCGAUGUCGGCUGUCGAGCUGCUGCGACUCGACUUUGUCGAGUGAAAUAUUGUAGAUGAUCUGGGAAAUAUUUCCCGGCUACUCCCGAUUCAUCGCACAUCGUGGGGAGCGCUGGCGCUCCCUGACGCGCAUUAAGCCAAACCCAGGAGUAAAGAAAGGGUACCCGCCCAUACUCUGAGAGCCACGCGGAGCAUCUCCCACAGAUCAAGAUGCCACGGCGGCGCACUGAACAAUAGGGCCAUAUCUAAUAAUUGGAGGUUUGCGGUAGCAAGGCCAAGCGAUCCCCUUCAAGGUUGUCAGCUGUCACGAGCUGUCAUGGCUCUGCAGUAUAAUUUCUUUUAGUGGGGGAUAUAUAAACUCAUCUUUUAGUGAUGAGAUUCUAAAUCCACUUGACUAUUUUCGGUUUAUUUGGAAAGGGGAAGGGUGAAUUUCUGAUGCUCUGUUUCUGUUGGCACGUCAUAGUAAGGUGCUGCUAACUAAUCUGGUUUGAUGGACGGAUGUAGAGUCUUUUUUGUUGGUAGAAUC